ACCAAACAAGCUGAUGAUGUGAACGAGAAAUCAUAACCAUUAGACCACGCGACUGGUGAUUUAAAGUUUGCAAAUUUUCGGUCCUUAUUCCACAAAGCCAAACCGGUUAGUUAUCUUAUCGCGGAGUUGCAGCAGGACUGGAUUAGAUAGUAGUUAGAUUUUUUUCCAAUCUCCCCUUCUUACCUACAUUACUCCGUAUCUGAUCUUUCUAUCCCUUCGCGCUCUUUGGGUCGCUUUGUUUCUUUGUUUGGGUGUGUGUUUGGGGGUAUUUUACAUAGCGGCUCUUUUUUCCCUUUUUUCCAUACAAGUUACAUACAUACGUGUGCCGUCUGCAUUUCACCGUUCGAUCGGUCGGUCGAUAUGAACUGAGUGUUUCUGUCGCAUUCCAACAAAUUACCAACCUACCAACCUACCGACUUUACUGCCUCCGAACCACUCGCUCACCCACCAUCUACUUCCACAUAUCCAGAACCGAAUAAGGAAAGAUAAGAAAAUGGACGCCCAAGCCUACCUCCUCCGCCACGGCUGGUCCGGCCCCGGCAACCCCCUCAACCCGAACCGUCGCCCCGGCACACACGGCGGUCUGGGCCUGACGAGGCCGAUUCUCGUUGCGCGACGCCAAGGCAACCAAGGCGUGGGGAAGAAGACCACCAAGGAUCCCACAAAUCAAUGGUGGUUGCGGGGUUUCGAGGACGCGCUGAAGGGCGUGGGCGAUGAGAACAAGAGUGCGGGGGAUGCGAAGCGCACGCCGAAUGCGUUGACGAGUGAGCUGUAUCGGUAUUUUGUGAGGGGGGAGACAGUUCCUGGGACGCUGGGGAAUAAAGAUAAGAAGGAGGACGGGGAAAGUAGGAAGAGGAAGGCUGGGGAGGAUGAUGAGGAUGCUGAUGGGAAGAAGAAGCGGAAGAAGGGGGAGGAGACUAAGGAGGAGAGACGGGUGAGGAGGGAGGAGAAGAGGAAGAGGAAGGAGGAGAGGGCGAAGAGAAGAGAGGAGAGGAAGAAGAGGAGGGAGGCGAAGGAGGCUAGGAGGGCGGAGAGGAGGGAGAAGAAGGAGAAGAAGAGGUUGGUGAAGGAGGAGAAGCAGAGGAAGGCUGGUCCAGAGAAUGAGUAUCCCACGCCGCCAGAGACGGAGGUGGAACAGACGGAGUCAAGCGGAAGGGAUGAGUCGGUGGAGAAGGUGAAGAAGGACAAGAAGGAGAAGAAAACGAAGCGAGAGAUUUCUACGUCUGAUGACGGGUCAAAGAAAAAGAAGUCGAAAAAGUCCAAGGAUGAGACGGUGUCCUCGAAGUGAACGUGAACGAACGGAAUAAGAGAUGCUCUUUGGCAGUAUAUAGAUAGAUUCGACUUAAAGAUACCCAUGGCUGUGCUACUUGGUUGUAUAUUCUCACGAACAAUAUUUGCAUCAUUCAUU